CACAUCUGUAUAUCUGGACGAUAGUUAAUAGUAUCCAUAAACAAGCACCUUUUACGAGUUAUGUAUGUUAAUUCUUACUAAAGAUUUACAUAGUCUUAGCAUAGUCAAAUAACACUCCCAUACAACCCUUUUAUUCUAUAUAAGGGGAGUACAUCUUCUCAUAUUCUACACCAAUAUGCUGUUUGCCAACAGUACCUGUAAAUCUCUAGUUUUAUGUAGAUACUUGUGCUUCCUAUUUGUAGUAGUAAGUUUCUACCUCUUUGUCCACAUUAGUAUUCCAAGGAAAGAGCGGCGGUCAGGUGUGGCAUACAUCCAUAAUGACAAAGACCGUGAUCUCACCUUCUACAAGCGACGUUCCGGUUUGUUCAAGAGGGCGACUGACAUCUCUGCCCUCACUAGGGCUAGGGUUGCAGUCGUCCUAGAGACAAAUAAUGGAAAGAUGCACUCAUUUGGGACGCCAUUGGCCGAUCCCUUUGUUGAUGCUUUCCUAUUUGGAGCUCCACCAGCAGUUCCCUCCGCCAAUGAGGCAACCACUACUAGGAUUGGAAGCCUACAGAACGAGGUGGCUCAGUUGGACAUGGAGAACAUGACUGAGGAAGACCGAAACCAACUUUCCAUCCUUCUUAUGAAAAGUAUCCAAGAAGAGAAUCCAAGUAUGGUGGCAAAUCUUAUCUUCGCGAAGGAACAAGAUCUCGGUCUUGAAGAUCUUAAUAACCUCUUAAGUGAGCUCUCUCGGGUCCAAAAAGACAUUAGAUGCCGGCUACCUCCAUUGCAUGGUCGUGAAGCCAAGACCAGUGCCACAUGUGUGGCACAAGAUCUGCAACUACCAAGUGUUCUGCCGACGGAUCAUUUGGGUACUACUCAUUCACUAAUGCAGUCAUCGUGGCCUCACAAUCUGUCACAACUCCAGCCACCUGCAGAUCCACUACCAUCACAACCAGAACAAACUUCGGCACCACUUUUUCCUAUGCAGGUACAUGAGCAAACUCAACCAGAGGAGUUGCAUGUUCAGAACUAUGAAAGUCCUUGCAACAUAGUGCAACCACAACAAAGUGAUGCAACCCACGACUCAACAUCGGGGCAAAAUUUGGAGGCCUCUCCACUGUUGGGGUACUCGGGUGGCAAUGCUUUUUCUAUUGAUGACCCAUUUAACAGUGAACAAUGGGAUUAUGCUCUAUCAGAUCAGUCGUUCUACAAUAGUUUCCUAGGGAUUGAUGAUUACUUAGGCUCUAGCGGUACCAAUCUAGGACAGUCUUCCAUGGUAAAUGGUGGAUGGUUUGAUGUGCCGCCCUCUUCCACUGGACAAGCUAUUGAUGGUCUUAUAGACCCUGGAGAGCUUUUGUAG